AUGAAUGCUAAUAAAGAUGAGAAACUGAAGUUCAGAAGUCAAGAUUUCCACCUUUUUCACACUUUGGUGAUGCUAAGCACGACCAUGCUAUUUGUGCCUGUCAUUGGGACUUCUAAGCAGAAUAUUCCACGACUCAAGCUAACCUACAAAGACUUGUUGCUCUCAAAUAGCUGUAUUCCUUUUCUGGGUUCAGCAGAAAGAUUAGAUUUCCAAACGGUUCUGCUGGAUGAGGAGAGGGGCCGUUUGAUCCUGGGAGCCAAGGACCACAUUUUCCUGCUCAGUCUCAUCGACUUAAACAAAAACUUUAAGAAGAUUUAUUGGCCUGCAGCAAAAGAACGGGUGGAAUUAUGCAAAUUAGCUGGGAAAGAAGCCAAUACGGAAUGUGCAAAUUUCAUCCGGGUUCUUCAGCCCUAUAAUAAAACUCACAUUUAUGUGUGUGGAACGGGAGCAUUUCAUCCAAUAUGCGGAUAUAUUGACCUUGGAGCCUACAAGGAGGAAGUGCUGUUCAAACUGGACACACAGAGCGUGGAGUCCGGCCGACUGAAGUGUCCCUUCGAUCCGCAGCAGCCCUUUGCCUCGGUCAUGGCAGAUGAGUACCUCUAUUCUGGAACAGCCUCUGAUUUCCUUGGCAAAGACACCGCCUUCACCCGGUCGCUCGGGCCGACUCCUGCUCAUCAUUACAUCAGAACCGACAUUUCAGAACACUACUGGCUCAGUGGAGCAAAGUUUAUUGGAACUUUCCCCAUACCAGACACCUAUAAUCCAGAUGAUGAUAAAAUAUAUUUCUUCUUUCGUGAGUCAUCUCAAGAAAGCAGCACAUCUGAUAGGACCAUCCUUUCUCGUGUUGGAAGAGUUUGCAAGAAUGACGUAGGAGGACAGCGCAGCCUGAUUAACAAGUGGACGACGUUCCUGAAGGCCAGGCUGGUUUGCUCCGUUCCUGGAAGUGACGGUGCCGAUACACACUUUGACGAACUGCAAGAUAUUUAUUUACUCCCGACACGAGAUGAGAGAAACCCUGUCGUCUAUGGCGUCUUUACCACAAGCAGUUCCAUCUUCAAAGGCUCUGCUGUGUGUGUGUACAGCAUGGCUGACAUCAGGGCAGUGUUCAACGGCCCCUAUGCUCACAAGGAGAGUGCAGACCACCGCUGGGUGCAGUACGAUGGAAGGAUUCCUUAUCCCCGACCGGGCACAUGUCCGAGCAAAACCUACGACCCGCUGAUUAAGUCCACUCGGGACUUCCCGGAUGAUGUCAUCAGCUUCAUCAAGCGGCAUCCUGUGAUGUAUAAGUCGGUGCACCCCAUGGCAGGUGCACCGACCUUCACGCGGAUCAACGUGGAUUACAGGCUGACACAAGUGGUGGUGGACCACGUGGUCGCAGAAGACGGCCAGUACGAUGUCAUGUUCCUCGGGACAGACAUUGGGACUGUCCUCAAGGUCGUCAGCAUUUCCAAGGAGAAGUGGAACAUGGAGGAGGUGGUGCUGGAGGAGCUGCAGGUGUUCAAGCACCCGUCGGCCAUCUUGAGCAUGGAGCUGUCUCUCAAACAGCAACAGUUGUACAUUGGUUCCCGGGAAGGCUUUGUGCAGCUCUCCCUGCACAGGUGCGGCACCUACGGAAAAGCUUGUGCAGACUGCUGUCUGGCCAGAGACCCCUACUGUGCCUGGGAUGGAAGUGCGUGCUCGCGGUAUGCGCCCACCUCAAAGAGGCGAGCUAGACGCCAAGACGUAAAGUAUGGAGACCCCAUCGCCCAGUGUUGGGAUAUAGAAGGUAGCAUUAGUCAUGAAGCUGCUGAUGAAAAGGUGAUUUUUGGCAUUGAAUUUAAUUCAACUUUUCUGGAAUGUAUACCUAAAUCCCAGCAAGCAUCCAUUAAGUGGUAUAUCCAGCGGUCAGGAGACGAGCAUGGAGAGGAGUUGAAACCUGAUGAAAGGAUCAUCAAAACGGAGUAUGGGCUACUGAUUCGAAGUCUGCAGAAGAAGGACUCUGGGAUGUAUUACUGCAAAGCUCAGGAACACAAUUUCAUCCACACCAUAGUGAAACUGACUUUGAAUGUCAUUGAGAACGAACAGAUGGAAAAUACCCAGAGGGCAGAGCAUGAGGAGGGGAAGGUCAAGGAUCUGGUGGUCGAGUCACGGUUGAGAUACAAAGACUACAUCCAGAUCCUUAGCAGCCCAAACUUCAGCCUCGACCAGUACUGCGAGCAGAUGUGGCACCGGGAGAAGCGGAGGCAGCGGAACAAGGCUGUCCCCAAAUGGAAGCACAUGCAGGAGAUGAGGAAGAAGCGGAAUCGAAGGCAUCACCGGGACCUGGACGAGCUUCCCAGGACUGUGGCCACCUAGCUUGCUGUUGAACUUCAAGAGUCGAUUCUUAACCU